AUGUAUGACCAGAAGUCCACCGAAGGCAUCAACCUAUUCAUUGCUUUGUUCAUUGAAUUUGAUCCGCCGUAUCUGGAAACGUGUUACAUUUCCGGUAGUACACAAUUGCUGCUGGCGAAAAAAGUCGUAGUUUCAGAUUCGACACACCACGCCUAUUCGACCACUCAAAGGCGUUUCAUUAAGCUCUCUGGUCCUCAUCUGUUCGCAAUUUCCUUUGAGUCGCGUCGCAGAAUGCCACGUGACGAAACGAGCGAAACGUUAAAAGACUCUCAUGUACCAUUCGAUCAAGAAAAUGAAACUGAAUACAAGCUAAAGCGUCGGUACGAAUAG